AUGAGACCUACAAGUCCACCACGGACGGUUGGAACGUCGCUGCCUCCCGACUCGGCCACGCCCAGGCGAGAUGGCAUCUCGACGCUGGAGUUUGGCGGCUCAGGUGAGAGCUCUGACAUAGGUUCUUUCGGCAACACAGGGGAGUCGGCGGAGCUGGCUCGCGGCCUCAGCGCAGGGAUCUCCGAAGAGGCCGAGUCCUCGUUGGGCGGAUCCAGCGGCCGAGAGCCAUCGCUCGAUCUUGGAAGCUCGAGUGAAAAGGCCCCGUCGUUCGACUACGGUUCUUCGAUGGGAAAGGGACCUUCCUUCGAAGUCGGGUCGUCGAUGGAGCGCGGGCCCUCCUUCGAGGUCGGCUCCUCCGAUGAGAGAGCAUCGUCGUUCGAAAUCGGCUCUUCGAUGGAGCGCGGCUCUUCUUACGAGCGAGAGUACAGCAGAAGAAGGCAGGAAGCUCUCCUGGUAGGAAGCUCAGCAGAACAAGCCCAGAGUGGAUAUCUAGACAGAGAUAGUUCUCUGGAAGACCAAGGGGUCAUUCGUGGAACCUAUGAAUUCGGAAGUUCACUGGAUUCCUAUGAUCAGGAAGAACUGAGGCUUAAGGGCCACCUAGAGCUCAGAGGAUCUGCGGGAGGAUCCCUGGAUCUAGGCGGUUCUCUAGGGGAGUCGGUGGAAAUCGGAGGUUCUAUGGAUAGCGAAGAACCUCCGAUGCCACCUCCCCGUGUGCCUCGUAGGGGAGGUCGCUCUCCUGCUGUGCCGCCCACGCAAGCAGGAGGUAAAACCUCGGGAGCUCCAGCACCACCUGUGCCACCUCCGAGGAGACGACGAUCAGGAGUGCACAGCCUCAUUCUUGAAAACACACGAAAGCACGACACUUCCAACAUCACACACAAAUUGCCUAACAGCCAAAAUGGAUCCAGCAACACUCAGUGCGCCGACGGUGCCGCUGAAAACAGUACCUCGAACAGAUUUUGGCAAGGCUUGACCAGUAACUUCGAUUUUGGCUUGUAUGAAAAAUGGGGCAUUGCCCAGAUGCCAAGGCCAGCUUCCAUUAUCAUGACAGUUAGACGAGCAAAAUUAUAAUAGUUGGAAAGAUUAAUUUUCCUCCUAGAAUUCCAUUGUCCGUUCAUUAAGUCUUUUUUUUU